AUGUCGAUUAGGCUCUCACAUCGAUUGAUCUUCAAGCGAUCGUUGCCACUUACAUGUUACAUCCUCUUUGUUCUUUUGCUUACGUUCUACAUUUAUGAGAAGCCAAGACCCUUAGGGAAAUUCCAGCACAUUGGCUGGCAAGCGUUCGACACUAUCACUCCGGGGGUUCCAGCUCCGUCUGAACCGCACGAUCCAUCCCGACCAACAAACACUAGUUCAGUGGACUGGUGGGACGUAGUGAAUGAUGACUCCAAUGUGCCUCCGACUAGCUUACCUCUUGAUAUUUGGAAUCCUCUGCUUCCACAUCACACAGGCUUGACGGAAAUUGCUGUCAAGCCUUGCUUGUUACAUCCUUCCCUCGUCCCGUAUUGCCAUCCACGAACGACAUUGGAAGAUGAUGCCCUUAAAGGGAAAUGGGUUCGAGUUGAACGCGACCUGAACUCUCGAACGGGUCGUUGGUAUUUGCACCUUUGGUACAGACGGUCAAGACGCUUGGACGUCCCACUCAUUACUUCCCUUCUCAUCUUGGCUGACGACGAGAUUGAGUUGAUACCUGAACCCAAGUCUGCCUGGCACAAAGUUCCGGGCUCCUUGGUUGACGGGGUGCAUCCUUCUCAAAUGGACAUCUACCUCUGGUACAAGCUGCGACCACCGCUUCAGGAUGCUUCAGACGAUGAAGAGAUACAGGAAGCGAUCACAGAACUGGACAUCCUGUAUGGGGAUGGUCCUCCUAUGUUUGGCUUCGAAAAGCUGAGCAGGCAAAUUUUCGUUGGCCACGGGCCUAGAACCUCAUCUGUCUCAGUUGUUUUCCGGAGAGGUGUGAAGCGUACCCCAAGGGGAAAACCACCCCAUUUUAACCGGGAUGGGACGUAUAAAAUUAUGCAAAUCGCUGAUUUACACUACUCGGUGUCAGAAGGAGUGUGUCGCGAUACAAACAUGAGCCCACCAUGCAAGAAGGGUGAUGUCACAACAGAUACGCUUCUCUCCAGAGCUCUAGAUAUAGAAAAACCUGAUCUGGUCGUCUUCACCGGUGACCAGUUGAAUGGGCAGGGCACUUCAUGGGACUCCAAGUCUGUUCUUGCAAAGUUUGCGAAAACCGUGAUCGAUAAGGGUAUAAACUGGGCCGCUGUAUUUGGGAAUCAUGAUGACCAGACGGACUUGAAUAGAAUUGAGGAGAUGAAGAUAUUGGAGGCCCUCCCGUUCAGUUUGUCGAAGGCUGGACCAAGGGAAGUAGAUGGGGUAGGGAAUUACGUUCUGAAAGUCAGAAGCCCAGAUCCGUCGAAGACACAUUUGUUGACGUUAUACUUUAUUGAUUCUGGUGCAUACGCUAGCAGAGGCUGGUCGUUUUGGAAACCUCCGGAGUAUGAUUGGAUUAAGCCAGUAUGUUCUCAUCGUAUAGAUCCCAUUGAACGACCCUUCACUCCAGACGGUGGGAAAGACCUUGGACAUAUUUGGAACGUCGCAUUGGAGUCUCGGCAAAAUCAAUCAUCGAAGACGCUCGCGAAACCCAACGCGAUGGUUUUCUUCCACAUACCUUUGCCCGAAGCGUAUUACCCCGCGGAUGAGGACACAAAGAAACCGUCAAGAUUCAAUGUGGGCGAGGAACUUGAUGGACCAGGCUCCCCAAAACACAACAGUGGUUUCUUCGAAGCCGGCAUACUGCGCGUGACAGAGUCGGAGGCUGGUGGACGCGAAAUCAAGGUCAUAGGGAAUGGGCAUUGCCACAUCACCGACCGGUGUAGGAGAAUAAGUGGAGUAUGGAUGUGCUUUGGUGGUGGCGGUUCGUAUUCGGGAUAUGGCAGGAUAGGGUUUGACCGAAGGUUCCGGAUUUAUAACGUGAGCGACUUUGGUGAAACCAUCCAGACAUACAAGUGGACCGAAAGUGGACAUGUAAUUGACCAGCAGAUUCUGACUGGGAGAGGCGCUCCACCGCCUUUCGGGAGGACAUGA